AUGUUGACGCAAAGUCUGGAGUGGAUUGCAUCUUACAAUGUAUGCUUGAAGAUGAAUCAUGCAGAUCUGCUAACUUCAGAAAAACUCCGACUUCUGGAGGAGAAGGAAAUUGUGAGUUACUCAAAACUGUUGAUUCAGAAGAACCGCCAGGGAGUUUAA